AUGUCCGGUAUCUCUUCAGUUUGUUCCGGCACGGCCGCAGACUCAAUCAACUGGGUUGGCUACCUGGCAACAGUGUACAACGAUACCACAGUGCUGAGCUACAAUCAUGCAGUGUACGGUGCGACAGUCAAUAACACCCUUGUUCCAGGCGUGCCCCGCGAUCUAGCCUACCAGGUGUCUCGCGUCUUCGAACCUCACUACUGUCUUCCUGCCGGGUCAGAGAUUGAGGCCGAGGCAGGGGAAAGCUGGACGCCAGAAGCGGCCCUGUUCACUGUCUGGAUCGGAAUCAACGACAUUUACUCCCUGUCGCAGCGCACCGCCCCGUUCAAAGACAUUCCCAGUAUCUUGCAAAGCUACUUCGAUCUCAUCGACCGGUUGCAUGACUGCGGUGCCAGAGAUUUCCUCAUAUUCAACGUUCCACCCUGCGACCGCACCCCGAAGAUCCUGGCCCUCGAGCCGUCAGAUAUCCGGCGUUACGGCGCUGUGACCGAAGAGUUUAAUCGCCAGCUCUUGAAUGCCGUAGAGCAAUGGCGAUUGGCUAAUGUGGACUCCACAAUGGCUACUUAUGACACCUGGUCAUUCUUUACCCAAAUCCUUGACAGCCCGCAGGGAUAUGGAUUCGUGGACAGCAAGUGCAUAGGGGCCAAGAAAAGAUGUGUCUGGUGGGAUGAUUUCCACCCAGUCUCGGCCUUGCAUCGGCUUCUCGCUGCUGAUAUUGGGAAGAUUUUGGGAUGGCCGGAUGAAUGA